CGUCAAUCGCCCGCAGAUGCAGCUAUGACGGCUAGUCCCGAUUGACCGUAUUCAUUGAUUCAUUCUUUCUAUUCAGGGACAUUUACUUUUCUAUUGUGUUUAUAGCGCAUGAGGUCUUUCCUUCAGCGCUACCUCCUUUCACUCUAGUCCCCAACACACAUCAGGGCGCCGUUACUGCACGCAACCAACCACGACAACAGGUGCCUCCCCAUCACAAACCAUCGACCGACCAGCGAACUGCGACAACGCCCGAACAUCCUCCUGUAUUAAAUCUCAUACACCCAAGGGAAACAGGGCCUGACUCUGGACGAGUCGGAGCGGAGGAUACACGGGCAGAAUGACAGAACCGCGAAUGAGGUUGCGGCAGAAAGGACAGCAGUUUCCGACGCAGGAUUUAGAGCAGUUCCUCAUCGCGUUUGGCGAUGACGAUCGUCCAUUGCAGGAAACGGUUAAAUGUCUUGAUGAAAUUGUUACAGACUUCAUCAUAGAAUCCUGCCACGAAGCUGCCUCAAUCGCGCACCACGCACGCCGCGCCAAAAUCAAAGUGGACGACUUCAAAUUCAUGCUACGCCGGGAUCCGACAAAACUAGGUCGAGUGAGUGAGUUGUUGGAAGCGGAUAAGGAGUUGAAAAGAAAGAGGAAAGCGUUUGAUACGGAUGAGGGGGCAGUCGCGAAGGAAAAUGUUGUUGGGAAGGAUGGUGCCACUGCUGGUGCUGCUGGUGUUGGUGCUGGAGUUGGUGGGGCGACUGAUGGGGCAGAGGGGAAGAAGGGGGAUGGGGGUGGCGGCAAAGAGAAGGAGAGAGAGGAGGGUGAGAGGAGGAAGAAAAAGAAAAAGAGGAAUAAGGAGGGGAGGGAUGGUGGUGGAGGAGGUACGGGUGGUGAUGAUGCGAGUACUGUGCGGAGCGGUUGAUAGUUGAGGUUAUAUUGUACCAAUAAGAGUGGGUUGCAUUGGUCACGGGACAGCACUACCAGGCGUUUAUGGCUUGGGUCAGAGGAGGCAUUAUUGGCGUUGAAAGGGUCGGUGAACCGCGAAAGGUAUUAUACAUGUACAGCAACUUCCGAACUCUCACUGUGUGUGGUAGCUUCAUGUCGUUCUGUGAAGUCCACCUACUGAUUCUCUAGACAUGAGGUGCAGGAACAGAUGAUGGGUAUCCUAGGCCACAGAUUGACCUGGAGAAAGGGAGAGAGAGAGAGAUGCAAGUAUUUUUAUAAUACAACACACUGGGCGUGUAUUUCUGAU